AUGGCUCCGAAGGAUUAUACGGCAGAGAAGGAAAAGUGUAAGAGGUUCCUUCAGGAGUUUUACACUGAGGACAACAACGGAAAGAAGGUGUUCAAAUAUGGAUCCCAGCUGGUCUCUCUGGCACACAGGGAGCAGGUUGCAUUGGUGGUGGAUCUAGAUGAUGUAGCAGAAGAAGACCCUGAGCUGGUUGAGAGUAUCUGUGAAAAUGCCAAACGCUACACAGGCCUCUUCGCGGAUGCCAUUCAUGAGCUACUGCCAGAGUACCGUGAGCGAGAGGUGGUGGCGAAAGAUGCCCUGGAUGUUUAUAUUGAGCACCGGCUGAUGAUGGAGAAUCGGGGUCGCGACCCUGCUGACACGCGUGACCCCCGUAACCAUUACCCAGCUGAGCUGAUGCGCAGAUUCGAGCUGUAUUUCCGCCCCCCAUCUACAGCGAAGCCAAAGGUUGUUCGGGAUGUGAAGGCAGACAGCAUUGGGCACCUGGUGACUGUGAGAGGAAUUGUUACCCGGGCAACAGAAGUCAAACCCAUGAUGGCUGUCGCCACAUACACAUGUGAUCAGUGUGGAGCUGAGACGUACCAACCGAUCCAGUCGCCCAGCUUCAUGCCCCUGAUCAUGUGUCCCAGUCAGGAGUGCGUCACCAACAAGUCGGGCGGACGCCUCUACUUACAGAGCCGUGGGUCAAAGUUUGUCAAGUUCCAGGAACUGCGCAUCCAGGAACAUAGCGAUCAGGUUCCUGUCGGUAACAUUCCUCGCAGUAUGACCAUAUAUGCUCGUGGAGAAAACACACGCAUAGCCCAGCCCGGAGACCAUGUGGCUGUUUCCGGAGUCUUCCUGCCGCUGCUCCGCUCCGGCUUCAGACAGGCUGUACAGGGCCUGUUGUCUGAGACGUACCUUGAGGCUCAUUGCAUCACUCUGAUGAAUAAGACCGAGGAUGAUGAGCUGGGCACAGAGGAUCUGACCGAGGAAGAGCUGCGUCAAAUCACUGAGGAGGAUUUCUAUGAGAAACUGGCAGGCUCCAUUGCUCCAGAGAUCUUUGGCCAUGAGGACGUGAAGAAAGCCCUGCUCCUGCUGCUGGUGGGCGGAGUCGAACAGGCGCCACGUGGCAUGAAGAUCAGAGGGAACAUUAACAUCUGUCUAAUGGGAGACCCUGGUGUGGCUAAGUCUCAGCUCUUGUCAUAUAUUGACCGCCUUGCACCUCGCAGCCAGUACACAACUGGGCGUGGCUCCUCAGGUGUGGGUCUGACUGCUGCUGUGAUGCGUGACCCUGUCACUGGGGAGAUGACCCUGGAAGGCGGGGCUUUGGUGCUGGCCGACCUGGGCGUUUGCUGCAUUGACGAAUUUGACAAAAUGGCCGACGCUGACCGCACUGCCAUCCAUGAGGUCAUGGAGCAACAGACCAUCUCCAUCGCCAAGGCCGGCAUAAUGACAUCCCUGAACGCUCGCUGCUCCAUCUUAGCUGCGGCCAACCCCGCGUACGGCCGCUACAACCCCCGCAAGAGCAUCGAGCAGAACAUCCAGCUCCCCGCGGCGCUGCUCUCUCGAUUCGACCUGCUGUGGCUGAUACAGGACAAACCCGACCCGGACGCAGACCUCCGCCUGGCCCAGCACAUCACAUACGUCCAUCAGCACUGCAGGCAGCCUCCUACACACUUCAGCCCCAUCGACAUGAAACUCAUGAGGCGUUACAUCUCAAAAUGUAAGAAGAAGCAACCAGUAGUGCCAGAGUCUCUGACCGAUUACAUCACAGCUGCAUAUGUGGAAAUGAGAAAAGAGGCCCGAGUCAGCAAAGACACCACCUUUACCUCCGCCCGCACGCUGCUGUCCAUCCUGCGCCUCUCCACCGCACUGGCUCGGCUCCGUAUGGUGGACGUUGUGGAGAAAGAGGAUGUCAAUGAGGCUAUGAGACUGAUGGAAAUGUCAAAGGACUCACUGCAGGCAGACAAGACAAAUAACACCAGGGUACAGCGACCAGCGGAUGUGAUUUUCUCUUUGCUGCGUGAGCUGGCAGGAGAGGGUUCUGCCGGAAAGGGUGGGGCCGGGAGCGUGGUGCGCAUGGCCGAAGCAGAGCAAAGGUGUGUGUCCCGCGGUUUUACUCCAGCACAAUUCCACGCCGCCCUGGAAGAGUACGAGGAACUGAACGUGUGGCAGAUCAACCAAGCCCGCACACGCAUCACCUUCAUCUGAACACACACCCACCUAAUCCGCCCCAAAAAAACAAAAAAAAAACCCCAUACAUGCACCACCUUAAUAUGAACAAC